AUUCACCCCGCAGCGAUAGCAGCGGAUCUGGCAGUGAACGGUCCCUGCGUUGGCCUCCGGCAGGCACCCGCCGGGGGCAGGAAGCUGGCUGUAAAACAUUGACUAAGAGGAAAAGCUGACUUUUGCCAAGCAAAGGUGAGUCAGCCCCACAGCAUGGAACCACAGGUUACUCUAAAUGUGACUUUUAAAAAUGAAACUCAAAGCUUUCUGGUUUCUGAUCCAGAAAAUACAACCUGGGCUGAUGUGGAAGCUAUGGUAAAAGUCUCAUUUGAUUUGAACACUAUUCAAAUAAAAUACCUGGAUGAGGAAAAUGAAGAGGUAUCCAUCAAUAGUCAAGGAGAAUAUGAAGAAGCGCUUAAGAUGGCAGUUAAGCAGGGAAACCAACUGCAGAUGCAAGUACAUGAAGGGCACCAUGUUGUUGAUGAAGCCCCACGCCCAGUUGUAGCAGAAAAACGACUAACUGCCAGAGCAGGGAAGAAGCCACUUGCACAUUAUUCUUCACUGGUAAGAGUCUUAGGAUCAGACAUGAAGACUCCAGAGGAACCUGCAGCACAGUUGUUUCCACUUGCUUCAUGUGACAUAGACCAGCCUCAAGACAAGCCCCCAGACUGGUUCACAAGCUACCUGGAGACAUUCAGAGAGCAAGUGGUUAAAGAAACGGUUGAGAAGCUUGAACAGAAAUUACGUGAGAAGCUUGUCCUCCAGAACCCACCCUUGGGUUCCUGUCCCUCAGAAGUCUCAAUGCCUAUUUCAGAGGAAACACUGUUUUUGCCAGAAAACCAGUUCAGCUGGCAUAUUGCUUGCAGCAGCUGCCAAAGACGGAUCGUUGGUGUGCGCUACCAGUGUAGCCUAUGCCCAUCCUACAAUAUCUGUGAGAAUUGUGAAGCAGGGCCAUAUGCCCAUGACACUAACCAUGUCCUAAUGAAGUUGCGGAGACCAAUUGUGGGUCCCUCUGAACCAUUCUCUCACUCAAAGUACUCUACUCCUCGUCUCCCUGCUGCUCUGGAACAAGUCAGGCUCCAGAAACAGGUUGAUAAGAACUUUCUUAAAGCAGAAAAGCAAAGGUUGCGAGCUGAGAAGAAACAGCGUAAAGCAGAGGUCAAGGAACUUAAAAAGCAGCUUAAACUCCACAGGAAGAUUCAUCUGUGGAAUUCCAUCCAUGGACUCCAGAGCCCCAAGGCUGCUUUGGGCCGACCUGAGAGUUUGCUCCAGUCUCAUACCCUGAUGCUCCCUUUGCAGCCCUGUGCCCCAGUUAUGCCAACACUCAGCGCAGCAUUUGUGGAUGAGAAUUUGCCUGAUGGGACUCACCUUCAGCCAGGAACCAAGUUUAUCAAACAUUGGAGGAUGAAAAAUACGGGAAAUGUAAAAUGGAGUGCAGACACUAAGCUCAAGUUCAUGUGGGGAAACCUGACUUUGGCUUCUACAGAAAAGAAGGAUGUUUUCGUUCCCUGCCUGAAGGCCGGCCACGUGGGAGUUGUGUCUGUGGAGUUCAUUGCUCCAGCCUUGGAGGGAACAUACACUUCCCAUUGGCGUCUUUCUCACAAAGGCCAACAGUUUGGGCCUCGGGUCUGGUGCAGUAUCAUAGUAGAUCCUUUCCCCUCCACAGAGAGCCCUGAUGACAUUGAAAAGGGCUUGAUAAGCUCAGGCAAAGCUGAUGAUCUCACCUGCCAGCAAGAGGAAACUUUUCUUCUGUCUAAAGAAGAAAUUCAGUUUGGUAAAGCCACUGAGCAGAUGGAAGGGACAGGAACUUGCAUCCCAGAGAAGACAAAAAAUGUUGCCAGCGAGAGGGAGCUCUACAUCCCAUCUGUGGACCUUCUGACUGCCCAGGACCUGCUGUCCUUUGAGCUUUUGGAUAUAAACAUUGUCCAAGAGUUGGAGAGAGUGCCCCACAACACUCCUGUGGAUAUGACUCCCUGCAUGUCUCCUCUGCCACAUGACAGUCCUUUAAUAGAGAAGCCAGUCUUGGGGCAGAUACAGGAAGAGAGUGAAGGGGCAGGAUUUAAAGUACUUCCUGAUUCGACAGUGUCAGUAAAGAGGAAGGCUGAGAACACUGCUUCAGUGGAGGAAGCAGAAGACCUGAGUGGGACCCAGUUUGUGUGUGAGACUGUAAUCCGAUCCCUUACCUUGGAUGCUGCCCCUGAUCACAACCCCCCUUGCAGACAGAAGUCCCUGCAGAUGAAAUUUGCCUUGCAUGAAGAGAGACCACUUGAAGAUGAGAGGGAGGAGAUUAUCCAUAUCACUGAGGAAGAAGUUGUGGAGGAGGAGGAGGAGGAGGAGGAGUUCAAAGAUGAAGUUCAGAGUCAGUCCUCUGCUUCCUCAGAGGAUUACAUCAUCAUCCUGCCUGAGUGCUUUGAUACCAGCCGCCCCCUGGGGGACUCCAUGUACAGCUCUGCACUCUCGCAGCCAGGCUUGGAGCGAGGGGCUGAAGGCGAGCGUGGGGUUGAGGCUGGGCAGGAACCAGCCAGAGCUGAGGAGAGACUCCCUGGAGGGGAGAAGCAGCCACAGGAGCACAGCAUCAGUGACAUCCUCAUGACCUCACAGACUCUGGAAAUGGUGCCCCUUAUCCCAGAGGUGGUGGGGCUUCCACCACCGCUGCCCAGGACCCCUUGUGUACAGCAUCAUGGUUCCCCAGAAGUGGAUUUACCAGUUAACAUACCAGAAGUUUCUUCAAUCCCUGAUCAGAGCAGAGGAGAGCCCAGAGGCUCAUCAGGACUUGUAAACAGCAGACAGAAGAGCUAUGACCACUCAAGGCACCACCAUGGUAACAGCAUUGCUGGAGGACUGAUGAAGGGGGCUUUGUCUGUUGCUGCCUCUGCAUACAAGGCCCUGUUUGCUGGGCCACCAGUCACUGCACAGCCAGUAGUUUCCGAAGAUCAGACAGCAGCCCUGAUGGCCCAUCUCUUUGAAAUGGGAUUCUGUGACAGGCAGCUGAACCUAAGGCUGCUGAAGAAACACAAUUACAACAUCCUGCAGGUUGUGACAGAACUCCUUCAGGUCAACAACAAUGACUGGUACAGCCACCGCUAUUGAAGAGAGCGACCUUGUAUUAAAUAACUGCCAGCUGCUCAGAGA